AUGUUUGGUGAAUCAGGACAUUGUUCAUGUUCAACAUGUUGCAUUGAUUCAAAGCAUUAUGGUAAAAAUUCGCUUGUAGUUGUCAUUUUAAAAAUGGAAAACAUUUAUGUCUUUAUACAUCAAGUAUGCGAACUGGAAAAAGUAGCAACACUGUUGAAGGGAAAAUUAACAAAUUUGAAGAAUUCGCGUUAUAUCGCUCAAAAAGAGAACAAAAGUUUGAUUCGGCAAUCGAAUAAGUUAAUGGAAGAAAUUCGACAGAAAACGAUCUUCGCGAAAAAUUCGAUCCGAUCUGAUGAUGAAAUAGCAUUUGAAGCGGAAAAUUGGUCACAAUUAUGGCUAAGUGAAAAUGGACAGAAAAUUCUCGCUGAUAAACGAUUGUUAGAAAAUGCUCAACAAGUGAAGGUAAUUGAGAAACAAAUUGAAUACACACAUCGUCUUAUUACGCAUAAGCGAAAAAUAAUUGAUACAUGGCAAAAUGGUACCAUUCAAAAAGUUCACAAAGAAGGUCAACUAAAAUUGCUUGAAGAAGAAAAUUUGGAUAUGGAAAAAAAGAUGACUGAAUGGUUAAAAGUAAAUCAACGAUUGUUGAACAUAUUUGAUGCGAUAAAAGAUCGUGAAGUAGAGAUGAUCUUUGCUACGGAGCGUUGCAAGCAACGAAAUAUGCAAGUUCGGGAAGAAUGCAGCCAAAUGCAAACACAUAUAUUAGCAAUAUCGAAAAGAUUGGAUGAGAUAAAUAUGCGUAAUAUCACUAAUACAUCUUCCAGUUCAAUUACAUUACAUAGUCAAGAGAAUGAAUUAAAACGAAAGCAAUCUCUUAGUAUCUCUUUCAUUAUUAUCCUAAAAUUUUACAGUAAUAUGUAUUGCUAA